ACGUCAUUUCCAAAACUGCGAAGGGCAGACGGAGCCCAAAAGUUUCAACCCGCUCAAAUCACCACCAGCAUCAACAUCCAGGGAUGCUUUCGAGGACAAGAUUUGGUUUUUCAAACAUCAAUUCGUUGCUCGUUUCUGUCUCUUUCUCUCGCCGCGGUCCCGUCACCGCCCUUGCAUGAAGAGCGCUUCUCCGUUGCUACUCACUCUUCCCCGUGCUGGUUCUCCGCGGUGAGCGAAAAUGCCUCUGGUUCGGUUCGAAGUGAGGAACGAGUACGCGCUGGGAGAUCCGGAGCUUUAUCUGGCGGAGGCGAAGGAGGAGGAUCCGAGGGCGAUUCUCGACGGAGUCGCUGUCGCUGGGCUCGUCGGGAUCUUGCGGCAGCUCGGCGAUCUUGCUGAGUUUGCUGCAGAUAUUUUUCAUGAUCUGCAUGAGCAAGUGACAUCUACAGCUGCAAGGGGGAAGAGAAUGCAGACUCGAAUACAACGCAUAGAGUCGGCACUCUCUCCAAUUGAAAAGGCUAUUCAAGGGCAAAGGAGCUACAUACACUUUGCCUACAUAGCAGGUUCUGAUUGGCAUGCUAAAGUCCGAACUGGUCAAAAUCAGCUUCUAUGCUGUGAUUUGCCACAAUAUAUGAUUGACUUUUAUGAAGAAUGCUGUGAUCCUCCCCGUUUAUACCUUCUUGACAAAUUUGAUAGUUCUGGUGCUGGAGCUUGUUUGAAGAGAUAUUCAGAUCCAUCCUAUUUUAGGAGGGCAUUGGUAGCCUCGGAACCGGUGAAAGCUGAGAAAAUUAAAAGGAAAAGGAAGAAAAGGGGAUCACGGCUGAGAAAUGAAGGAAUCCAACAUCCGAUGUUUGCAUCCCUAGACAGUAACAGCACACAGUUUGCCUCUCCUGGCACUGGCCAACUGAGUUUUUCUGGUGAAAAUGUGUCAUUCUUUGAUACGAGAUCAAAAUCUGAGUUGGGAAAGGAAUCUUUACAGUUUGAUUCAGAGAACAGAGCAAACAGUGUUGAACAAGUUUCACAAAUGCCUCCUGAACAAGAUUAUGAUGAAUUUUCUGAUCCUGCCUUGAAAAGCAACCAGAGUAUUGCUGUUUUAGAUGACCCAAAGCAAGACAUCGUAGAUGAUGAUUCACAGCCCGAGUCAUCACAACAGCAAAGUGCUCCCAGCACAUCUUCUGUUACAUGGGAUGAAAAGACUGAAAUAGUGAAGCCCACAGGUGCCAAUGUAUAUGACGCUGAACUUGUUGAUAGUGUUCAAGGUUUAGAUUCUCCACCGCAAAUAGUUGAAACAUCAAAUAUUGUCCAUGAAACUGCUAAUUUUGGAACUGUUAAACAAGAAGACAUUGUGUUUGAACUUGCAAAUGCACCAGUAUCAUAUGAUGAAGUCCCUCCUGGGAUGGACAUCAACACACCAGUUUCGUGUCCUGAUGGCAACCUGCCCGAUAAUGUCUGUACUGUGACAGACAACUUCAAGGAUGCAAUUGAUGUUGUUGAACCUGAGAUCAAGGCAGUUUCUGAGUGCCAAAACAAAUCGGAAUUGAAGUCUUCCAACUCUACUAAUGGAGUAUUGGAAUCUAACAGCUGUAGGCUAAAUGAGACAAGUGCCACAAAUGCAGACUGCUUUGAUGCCCAAGCUCCUAUUGCACCUUGUAGUUCUUCAAAUGGCUUUGUCCUUUCAGAUGGUUUUGAUCAUAUUCAAUCAACAAAUACUAAUUGUUUUUCUCCUGCAUCCAACUCCUCUGUUGGGAAUGAUUAUUUCAAGAGCCAUGUCCCUUGUGUUCCAGGAAUAAGUAUCUCAGAGCCACUUGAAGGUGAGUUCUCUCUAGAGACGAGCAUGCCCAAUGAACAAGAUGUUCCAGUCAAUAAUGUAAAUGCAGACAAAAUCACAAAAUCUCAAGAUCAUCCUUCUAACACUUCUGACCUCCCUACAGUAAGUAUCUGGACCAAUGGUGGAAUUUUAGGACUAGCACCAUCGAAACCUCCAGAUUUUAGCGUCAAUGGAAAUUCAGAAGCAGUAGCUGUGUGCAAUGAGAGCACAAGCAAAGCGUCCUCUGAAAAUGAAAGAGCGAAAUCAGAUGGUGAAAGUCAAGAAGCAGAUGUCGCUGCUCCUGGAUCAGAUUUGACUACAUUUCAUAGUACUGGUUUACAUUCUAGUGGUUCUGACAAAAAUUCAACAGGCAUUUCAACCAGUUUUUCCGGCCUUGCGAAUAAAUUUCUUUCAACCAAUCUCCAGAGGAAGAUCCUGUUUGCACAUGCUGGUCUCUCCAAACCAUCUCAGUUGGUGAAUGAUGAUUUCAGAAAAUUGCAGGAGAUUUUACUUCAAAACGAUCACCAAGAACUUCCAAAAAAAGCAGUCCUCAGUGCAUUAUGUGAACCAGAAACAGAAGAAAUUAUUGAAGAGCCAGUACCAUCAAGCUCACCAACUUUUGGAUCGUCUUCCCCGCCACUCGAGCACAUGAAUCUCUCAUUUCACCCUAUGAAUAGUUUAGAAACAUCCAAAUUAAAACUGGAAUUUGCCAGUGGUGAUCUUCAUGAAGGCAUCAGAGAUCUAGUGUGUCCUUCAUUUCACUUGAUUCCUGCAUCCUUUACUACUGUACAAGAUAGCUGUUCUGAGUCUGAUGAUGACACAUUUUGUAGAUCUUCUGUUUAUUCCUCUGAUGAUCUUCCCAGUCUUCACUCUGAGUCAAACUCUGAGCUCUGGGGAGAGCAUGAAAUAAGUGAAAGUCAAAAGCAUAGCGUAUCUGAUAAUUCAUGUAGAAUUUCAUCGUCCACCACAUCCAAUUCCGGCUCUGCGAAAUUUGAACAAACAGCUAGUUACAACACCGCCCCUGAAUUGGAACAUUUAGAGGUUGAGAAUGGCGGAAUAUCUGACUCCGUUAGAGAUCUUCUUUCUGUCAAUUCUGUUAUAUAUGACAAAAGGCAGCAGCAAAUAUGUGAGCCACUGCCCACAGAUUUUAUAGAUUCUGCAGCUUAUCCCCAAAGUGAGCUGCCUCCACCACCUCCUCUUCCUCCGUUACAGUGGAGAGUGGCGAAACAGUCUGAUAGCAAUCAUUCAGUGGAAAGUAUGGAUUCUGCUUUUAUGAAAGCCACGAGUCAUUUAGACCCACAAGCUCAAAGAUUUCGUAUUUGUGAUCAGAAAGAACAAGAUGAACCUAGUUCAUCAUGCAGUGCUGAGAAUCGACAAAUGCUGAAUGGGGCUAGAGGACUUAAUCACAAUUAUGAUUUUGCGGAACAAAACGGAAGGAAAAAGCUUCUGCAGCAAAUCAGAAGCAAGUCCUUUAAUCUAAGGUGCACGAUAACAAAGCCGAAUCAUACGUAAAGGUCUGCUGUUUCAAUCACAGAGAAGACACAUGUAACCCAGCAGCAAUGAUGAUAUCCAAAGAUAAACCUGAGAAAAUGCUAUCUUUACAUCACCUGUUGAGGGAGUAAUCUGCUCGGUUAUAAUUUGCAGCUGAUCCUUUAGUUACUAUGCGAAUAGGAUCUGUUCUGUCAGCUCCUUCUUCAUGUCCUAAAUUUCUGUAGAUCCUCUCGUCCUGAUAUAUUAUGUGUAAACUAAGGUGUAUAAAAGGCUAGCCUUUCUGUUGUAAUAUCGACCUUCUCUCUUCAAGUUGUAAUAGAUAUGGUUGGUGAUGUACAUAAUAUUUGAGCAGGUUAUGUUAUCAGCUUCCGUUGA